AUGCCUGCGACAGAUGCCGCAACCAUUCUAGAUACUCAGGUUGCCAUCCUGCAAGACCUGAUAAAUAGAAGUCCCGGGAUGCAAACUCUGUUUUCUCAGAGCGACGGUGAAAGUGAUAGUGACAGUGAUAGUGAGGAUGAGAAUGAGGGCAAAAGCGAAAGCGAGUCAGAGAGAGAGCAGCGUCACCAAGCUAUUCUCGGCGUCAAGGACAAGGGGAACACAGUGGCCGAAUCUAGGCUGGCAAAAAUAGCAUUGACAACAGCACAGGUCAAGCAAAAUACCGCUAAGCUGCAUCUCGAAGCUGGGCAACUAGAGCAUAAGACGGCUUUAUUGCAAUUCUCACCCGAAGCACUCGAACUGGACAAGCUCAAGCUGGAGACUGCUCGAACCGAGCUCGAGCUACAGAAGCUCAGGCUGAAGAUGGCCGAGACCAAUCUCGAGACGGAGAAGACGCGUGAACGGGCGAAUAGAACGCAGCUAGAGAUAACGAAUCUCAUGCAGAGCUGGUAUGUAGCGGCGUUUUACGCUGUGCAUGCCUUUCGCGGGAUGCGAUCCGCGCAACCUGAAGUUCAGCGCAAGAGGUAG